UGAACAGUAAGCACAUCCUUGUGGGAACAACCGGAGUUAAAAAGGCAAGUUUGUAAAUUUGAGUGCAUCUUAUUUUUAAGAAAGUGUUAAAAAGGCAAGUUUGUAAAUUUUGUAAACUUUUUGUGUGUGAGUUUAGAAUUACUCUAUUACAAAAGCCUGUUUCCAAGGUUUUCUCUUUGGGCAUUUGCAAAUUCAGACAGUGUGGAAAAUGCAAUCCUGGAAAAAUCUCUUCUUCUCCUCGUUGAAAAAUCGCUCCGCAGCGCCUCGCAAUCUCCUUAAAGGAUUCCACUCUACCAGUUAUAAGAAGUCAAACGGACAGAAAGAUGCUCCUAUGUUGUCUGGUCAACCCCGGAGUUCAGCCUCAGGUUCAUGGAGAUCAUAUGCAUUACCUGGGGCUCUUUUAGGUGGAGUUGGAGGAUUAGUUCUUAUUUUACAUUACAAUGAUGAACGGAGAGCAAUCCCUAAAGGUCAGGGCGUAAAGUUCGAAAGUACAAAUCAAGGGCCAAUCAUUGGUCGCCGGUUCAGUUUAAUUAAUGAGGAGGGCAAACCAGUAACUGAGCAGAGCUUCCUGGGAAACUGGGUUCUUCUCUAUUUCGGUUACACACAUUCUCCUGAAGUUGGACCAGCUGAAGUCCGGAAGAUGGUGAGAACCAUUGACAUACUAGAAGGAUCAAAACCGGAUGUUAAGAUUCUUCCAGUAUUUGUUACCAUUGAUCCUCAGCGUGAUACCCCUUCUCAACUUCGUGCGUAUCUUCGAGAGUUCGAUCCAAGAAUAGUGGGAUUGACUGGACCAGCCUCUGCAGUCAGGCAGAUAACACAAGAAUACAGAGUGUUCUUUAAGAAAGUUGAUGAAGAAGAAGAUGAUUAUCUGGUCGAAUCUUCUGAGAACACGUAUUUGUUGAAUCUGAAAAUGGAAGUGGUGAGAUGUUUUGGAGUGGAGUACAGUGCAGAGCUUCUCGCGGACGAAAUUGAGAGGGAGACAGGGAAGGAGACCAAUGCCAUUCAACAGCAUUAGGGUGGGGCUUGUAGACUAAAGAAAACCAAAUGUGUGAUUUUUGUUUUAGCAGUUUCAAUCCAUUUGCUCACUUCAUUCCCCACAAUCAACUUUAAGUCUUAGCCUCCCAUAUUUUUUCAAAGGGCUCAAGUUAAAAGCCUGUUUUUGGCAUUAAGAAAAGACAUUGAAUUCACCUCCCCAUUGCGCAAUCCUUUCCCCUUACUCCCAUUGCGCACCCUGCCGUCUCUCCCUCCCCAUUAAGCAACACUNGCCCAUAUGAUCUCACGAAAAUAUGCUGAUAUACUUCAUACUCCGUAUGGUUGCCCUUAGUGUUGUAGUCAGGAGUCAAAGCUGGGCAUUACCUUUUCUGCACCCCUCUAUAUCAGCCGGGCCCGGGCUACGCCACCAGGCGGAGAUUACUCAUCUUAAGAGGGUGCUCUCUUGAACCCUUAUGUGGGUUAGAUAAAUGGAUUAAACAUUAAUAUAUUCC